GAAGGCAGCACAGAUCCACCCGGUUGUGCUGUGAUAUUGAGAGAGGUCAUACAUCUUCGAAAAACGAACGCAAGCCAGAAAGCCAGGAUGUCUGAAGAGCUGUCUCUCAACAUAAACAUCAAAGAGCCAAGAUGGGACCAAGGAACAUUUAUGGGGCGCGCCAAGCACUUCUUCAUGGUCACAGAUCCCAGGAAUGUCCUGCUGUCCUCUGAGACUUUGGAGGACGCCAGAGUGAUCAUGGAGAACUACAGAGCCGGGGUCGUGAAGCCUGGCCUGACGGAGGAUGAGCUCUGGAGAGCCAAGUACAUUUAUGACUCUGCCUUCCACCCCGACACAGGGGAGAAGAUGUUUGUGAUUGGCCGGAUGUCCGCUCAGGUGCCAAUGAACAUGUCCAUCACAGGCAGCAUGCUCACCUUCUACAGGACUACUCCGGCAGUGGUGUUCUGGCAGUGGGUUAACCAGUCCUUCAACGCUGUCGUCAACUACACCAACCGCAGUGGAGAUGCCCCCAUGACCGUGAAUCAGCUUGGUGCAGCCUACGUCAGUGCUACUACUGGAGCUGUAGUCACUGCCCUGGGACUCAAGUCUCUAGCUACGCGUCUCCCUCCAAUCAUGAGCCGGUUCGUCCCCUUUGCUGCUGUUGCUGCUGCUAACUGUAUCAACAUUCCCUUCAUGAGACAGAGGGAGUUGAAGUACGGUAUCCCUGUGAUGGAUGAGAAUGGAAACCGAUUAGGAGAGUCCCCCAAUGCUGCCAAGCAGGCCAUCAUACAGGUGGUGGUGUCAAGGAUCGGCAUGGCAGUGCCAGCAAUGGCCAUUCCCCCUGUCAUAAUGAACGCACUGGAGAAGAGAGCUUUCAUGAAGCGGUUCCCAAUUCUAAACGCUCCAAUCCAGGUGGGGCUCGUCGGUCUGUGCCUGGUGUUUGCAACUCCUCUGUGCUGCGCCCUCUUCCCACAGAAAAGCUCUAUGAGUGUGAGCGGGCUGGAAGCAGAUCUGCAGGAGAGGAUACGACAGACCAGUCCCAACACCUCCACCGUCUACUUCAACAAGGGCCUGUAGGACCAGCCAACACAUCUCCAUGCACACACACAAGACAUGCAGACUAUCAGACAUACACACACGUCUGUUGUCCUGUGGGCACAAGUGGGAGGGCAAUACAAAAUGUAUUUAUGUUAUUUUUUUUGUGUACUGCUGCAUUUCUUUGUUGUUUAUUUGACUGCGUGGAGCUGCACCAAGUGUAACAGCAGAGGGUUAGGGUGUUGAUUCUUGAUGAUUAAGGGCAAACAAAACCCUUUGAAAAGGAGGAUCACUGACAGUUCCCUCUGUACAUACAGUAGAUGGCACUCCUUAGAAUAGAAAAACGGACUCCUGACUUUUUUUCUAUUGUGUCGUAGUGUGUUUUCUGUCUUCCUUUGGUCAAAACUGCCUAGAGUGGGGCAGUUCAUGAAGUUACAGAUUUGUGUAGUUUGAAAUGAAGGCUUGUGGCUGAAAGUCGUGUAUUGCAAUUUCUUCUGAAUGUCACAAAAAUGUUUUUUUUUGCCUUGUGCCCCCCCACCCCACACACACACACAUUUAGAAGUCCUUUUUCCAAUUCUUGCCUAGUCCGUGUUGCAGUAUUUCCCACUUUCACCAAUUAAUUUCCUCCUUGAACUUGAAUCAUGCAGUUGUACUGGAAGAACCAGUGUGUUAAAUAGCUCUGAUUAGUCCCACCCUUGAUGAAUAAGUUCCUCUUUUGUUGUACUUAACCGGUGCAGCUUCUUACUUUCUUCAACUCUCCUUUAAGUGUACUUAUGUCCCUUCAUAUUCAUAGACAAGGUAAUAAGGUGCUAGGUACAAUGUGGCAAAGAAAAUGGGUAGAGAUUCUACAAAAAAUAUGUAGAAAUUAUAAUGCAAAAGGCACUACUGUUUUUCAAGGCCUCUUUUAUCGUUUGAGCAGUCGCAGUCUUUAGUGGUAAAUUAAUGAAUAAUAGAUUGUUGUCAGGUGGAGGAAUAUCUUUUUGUUGUUGCUAAGACGAAAUGAUCUGAUCUGAGUUUUGCCAUUUGU